AUGUUUCUUUUCAUUCUGAGAGCUGAAUCUAAAGAAAUCUCCAAGCGUGUGUCCUUCAAUAAAAUUCAGCACUUCUCCUCUAUCAAAUUUAACAUUACUUCUGUCCUUUAUCAAGCUAAAAACAAUAACAAAUCAGUGCAAAUCGUCUUCUUUGCGAACACUCCAAUUAUCUAUCGACUCUCCAAAUGUGGAAACAGCUUCUUAUCUACUUGGGACAAAGUUCUUCAACAUGAAAUCUUUCUUCAAGAUGAUGCAAUCGAUUGGUUUCUCAAUAUUAGCAAUGCCAGUUGUAGAGGCAACCAUAGCGAAAUGCAUCAACUACAACUGGAUCUUCUCCCAAGCGGACCAAUCAGUGGAGCAGUGAUGUUCAAAGUAUUUGAUAGACAAACCGAGUCUUCGAAGUACCGAAAUACGACUUCAUUUAUUAUCAACAGUGGGGGAAACAAACAUUUGUCAUUCAAAAGUGUCAUUUCUGAUGAUUUUUUAGCCGAAAACACUACGGUUCAAAUAAAGAGUGAUCUAACAUCUCCAGUAAGAGUCAAUUUUGGUAAAUGCGGUCUCAUUUUGUCUGAUGAAUCGUUCCAUCUCCAUAAAACAGACAACAUAGUUCUAACCGGUGCAGUUCUUUCUAAAAUCAAGAGUCUUGCUGGAAUCCAGUGCUCUUCUCAUAAUGAAGAAACAAGCUUCGAAUUUCUUGUUACCACUGACAACACAACAUCUGGCGUGGUUUUCUUUGGAAUAGUAAAGGAAAACGAGUCGAGCGACGUUGAAUAUGUAAUCCUUGCCGUCUUCAUCGUAAUUUUUCUCCUCGUUAUUUUCUGUUUUGUUUUGAAAUGCUCGAAACAUGGUUCUUCAAAAAUGCUCCAGAAAAAAAUUGAAGAUAAUCGUAACAGAUUUCCCAUGGCCCCAAUUUUGAAUAGAUGUGAUACUUGUGGCAGCAUCCACCGACUCCAAUAA